CCUUUUCAAAUUCUGGCCCCAUUCAACCCAGACAGAGCAACAAAACUCGACAAAUUAAGAAAUUUUUGAGGAAAAACCUUAACAACUUCGGGUAUCAAAUUUUAACAUUUUCUGGACAAAGAAUUUGGCUUUACUCCAACUGCCGUAGAACUUGCAUUGAGCUGAAGCAUCCAAAUUAAAUCGGGUUAUUAAGGAAAAAUGGCACGCGGGCACCAAAAGAUCCAAUCACAAGUAAAGGCCUCCGAAAAACAGGCCAAGUUGAAGAAACAACAAGGACACAGUGCCAACGAUCAGAAAAAGGCAGCCCAAAAGGCUCUGGUUUACGUGUGUGCUGUUUGCAAGUCACAAAUGCCAGACCCGAAGACUUACAAGCAGCAUUUUGAGAACAAGCAUCCCAAGAACGACAUACCAGAGGAACUUAAGGAUGUCUGAUGUCCAGCUCGACCGAGUGGGUUUAUAAACAUUAUAUAUAGCUGAGAAAGAUCGACGAGUUGUCUACCAGUACGAAACUUUUGCAACCAUACAUUAAAAUCAACAAUCAACCCGAAGCCAAGAUGAUGGAUAAUAGUAGUAAUAAUUAUAUUUGCCAAUGCAAGGGAAGCAGCUGAAUUUUUAUACAAACACUGCUGGCAUUUGGUUUUGGUUUUAGUUUAUACAUUCAAAAUAACACAGUAUGCAAUUGUUAAAUGGAAGGCUACAAAAAUACAAGACAACGUAUCAGA